AUGAUUGGCGCUCACAAAGCAUCGUGCCAUGCGUUUGAAGACCUAAAACAUAUAAGAAAAUCACUUUUAGCUUGGUACAGAUCAAAUGCUCGUGUACUUCCUUGGAGAAAACCUUAUGUUAACCCUCCAACAAUAUCUAUGUCCAAUAAAGAACGCACACUUUCGCUUCAAAGAGCAUAUGAAGUGUUAGUAUCGGAAAUGAUGCUACAGCAAACACAGGUAGCAACUGUUGUUCCAUACUUUGAACGCUGGAUGAAGAAAUUUCCUACAUGGGAUGUGUUAGAAACAGCAGAUCUAGAAGAAGUUCAAAAUAUAUGGGCAGGAUUGGGAUAUUAUGCACGAGCACGACGUAUGAAGGAAGCGGCAAUGUAUUUUAUGGAAUUAGAAAGACGAUCAGAAACGAUUCCAAUAGAUGUUGCAACUUGGAUUAAAAAUGUUCCAGGUUGUGGUGAAUAUACAGCGGGAGCAGUAUUGUCAGUAGCAUGGAAUAUACGAUGUCCUGUUGUAGAUGGAAAUAUUAUACGUGUUUUAACACGUUUACGUGCAGUUGGAGUGGAGUGUCAUAAAGGUAUAGGCAAAAAAUGGGUAUGGGAUUCGGCAGAUCAAUUAGUGGAUAAUGAGUAUCCCGGAGACUUUAAUCAGGCAUUAAUGGAACUUGGAGCAACAGUAUGUACGCCUGUUAAUCCAAGUUGUGACAUAUGCCCUUUAAAUAAGGAUUGUUUAGCUUUAAAAGAGGCAAAAAAUGUCUUAAAGCAAAACAUUAUUGAUAAUAAUUAUGAAGAGCAUGAUUGUGAUUUAUGCCCUAUUGAAGAACUUGGACAGUUUACUUCAAUAAAAACAUAUAUCAGCUCAAAAUAUCCAAGAAAAGUAGUAAAAAAAAAACCAAAACUUAAAAAAAACAUAGUUUUUGUAAUUUUAAGAGAAAAAAAUAUGUUAAAGGAAUAUUAUUUAGAAAAAAGACCUCCCAAGGGCCUAUUAGCAGGACUUUGGGACUUCAGAACAUUACCUGUUGAUAUAGAACAAAAAUAUGAAAUACAGGAUGCCGAAAAUUAUGCAAAAACAAUAAUAUCUGGUGAAAUUAUUGGGGUUUGGAAAAAAGGUGACACAUUACAUCAAUUUACGCACAUCAGACAAAUUUCAUAUGUUUAUCUUGUGAUAAUAGAUAUUAAUGCAGAGAUUUAUGGUAAAGGCUCUUGGAUGCCAGAAGAAAUUAUGAAAAACCAAAGUAUACCAGAAUUAACAUGGAAAAAUUUCAGACAAGCUACGAAUAAUGAGAAAAAAAUCCUAAAUAAGACUAAAAAUACAAACAAGAAAUUGAAAGUGGACAAUAAUAAAUGGAAACAAACAACCCUCUUUUUUUAA